GAGGAAACCGGGCGACGGUAGGGGAACGCGGCCGCCGACCACCGCCGUCAGCAGAGCGCACAGUCAUGUGACUACGCCUUCGACGCCGCGCUGUCCCAUGGCCGUUCGCCGGCUGAGUGGCGGCACCAUCUCGGUCGCUUCACUGCUGCGGUGGCUGCUAUUGGGGGCGACGCUCCAGACCGCAGCGACGGCGAGGAAUGGCUUCGAUGCAAACUUCGGCAGACCGGUGCAUGGGCUGCUGCUCUACCGGAGCGCCGAAGGACCCGCACGCCCCUGCUGCACCUUCUUGUCGACUCGAUUCAGGCUGCCACCGCUGUAUCAGCAGGAAGACGUCUCCCGUGGUGUGGAGUUCCGCUACGCGAACCGGAGCUGCCAGCUAGAAUUGGCCAGUGCGUCUGCCAAGCACGUCUUCCUCAUCGUUCCGGUGAACGACACGGCAUGUCCAUUCGAGGACUCUCUGGCGCAGGCGGUCUCUGCAAAGGCUUACUCUCUCAUCGUGGCCUGCGACAUUGAGCGCAAGGUCCACCUAACCUAUUUUACAUCAGGAGAAAAUUACACAGUGCCUGUGCAAGACAUUAUAGUAGGCCUCAUCAGGCAUGACAUAGUCGAAGCGUUCAAGCCCAAAAAUGCGGAGGUGCCGGCGACCUCGGCAACCAACGUCAGCUACUCGGGCGGAGACACGGCUCAGCUGUACGUGCUGGAAGCGAGCACCAUCAUUGGCGCUUCCCUGAUCUGGUUGAUGGCGUGCACCACCGUAGCCAUGGGGGCGCUCUGGUCAGGAAGCACCAGGAAGCUGCUCUACUUAACCCAGCACCGACGCACCGAGCCGAAGGGCAAGCAGCAGCGCGAAGAGGACGCUGCACUAAGCCGCACGUCGCUCGGGCCGGACUCCACGACAUCGCGCCCGGCGUGGGCGACGUCGACCAAAGAGCACUCCAAGUCGCAACACCAUCAUCACGAUGCUCGGGCGCGGUCGUCAUCGAAAUGUGCCGACGACUUUCCCAUUUCGGACAACGAAACGCUCAACGAGGAGAUAGCGUUCGCCGAGUGCCCGGUCGGCUGCAAGCUCCUCACGCUGUUUGUGUUGAUGUUGGCGGUGAACCUGCUUGUCCUCUACUACUUCUUCAAUAAGCUGUGGCCCCUCCUGGUCGGGUGCAUUGCCUUGGGAUCGGCGAUGUCAUUAAUCGUCAUUUUCAAUUCCCUGGCCUUCUUGAUACCAUGCGCUGGUAUGCGGAUGCCAAACGUGUUGUUCCCGUGCUUCGUGCAAAGCAUGGAGAUACGACACCACGUGGCCAUAUGGUGCGCCAUCAGCGUCACCUUAGUCUGGGUCGUCUUCCGCAAGGCCCACCACGCUUGGAUACUGCAGAAUUUCUUGGGCUCCAGCUUUGCCCUCAACAUCUUGCGAUGCGUCCACCUGCCAAACUUCAAGAUUAUUACGUUCAUAUCCAUCCUCAUUUUCUUUGACGACAUAUUUAUGGUGUUCAUCACAUCGUUAAUUUCGAAAGACGUGAGCGUGAUGGAGAGCGUCGCGAGAGGCGUGCAAGACCUGCCCGUGCUCAUGCGCGUGCCACUGUUUUUCACCGGGGACGCGACCGUCUGCAGAGCUAACUCGAUGAUGCUGGGCUACGGGGACAUUGCAAUUCCAGGUUUUGCUAUCGCCUACUGCCGCUACUACGACGUCAUCGUCAAGAAUAGACCAUGGUACUUCCUGCUCGCGAUUACAUGUUACGGCGCGUCUUUGGUGUUCACGUUCUUCAUGGGACACCUCAUGAACACUGGUCAGCCAGCACUUCUCUACCUCGUUCCUGGCGUAUUGUUGCCCACCAUCCUGCUCGCUUGGUAUCGCGGUGACCUGAAUAACUUCUGGAAUGGGGAAUUCGUUCCCAAGAAGGGACUGAUGAGUUCUCACCAGGACGUGUGCGUUUCGUCGAGUGAGCAGUUCCAGAUGAUCCAGGGCCGGGGCUUGCUCUACGUGACGACCCCGUUGUUCGCGUGGCUCGCGGUGCCGUUGCCGGUAUCGCAGAAGGCCUACGACGCGAAGUAGAGCUGUCCCUCUGGCGGGCUGAAUAUAGGCUGCUAGAGUGACGGACAUUAGCGUGAUAACUGCUAAGCAAUAAUAUCCACCGAAUAGGAGAAUGAGUCCGGGAGCUUGUUCUUUGAUCUUCAUACCUACAGUAGCCGGAGUGAGCCAUCUCUUGACGUGUGGAAUACCUUGCUUUAUAUUUUGUUAUGUCUUUAGUGACGAGGUGCCCUCGUGCACAUGUUUUCGAACCAAGGUAGACAAACUUAUUGGAUAUCUGAAGUCAAGAUAAGGGCCGACAGAUGGAAACACAACAAGAUUAGAAGAUAAAGAAAUUUCUGAGAAACACAGCACAAGCGAGGAGAUGGGGCAAGGGAGAAAUUUCAAGUAUGCAGUGACGUAUCCAGGCUAUAUCAAAAUAGGGUCAACUGUUCUUUCCUUCUUAAGUAGCCCCGUACCUCAAUCGACUUUCCUGUUCGAAAUUCAGAAUAGGAGAGGAAGUACUUGCUGCAAGUUUGAAUUGAAGGAUAUAGAUGACUUUGCUGCGGAAAAAAUAAAAAUAAGUGUAUCGUA